AUGCUCACUCAAAAAAUUGAUGUGGACCGUCGUAUGGCACUAAUGCGCGCACACACAGCAACUCACUUGCUCAACUGGGCAUUAAGACGUGUUGGUGCUGGACGGGGCCAAAGAGGCUCUUCUAUAGAGGAGGACUCCUUCCGGUUUGAUUAUGCCAUUGAUGAUUGUGCUGGGGAAGAUGAUAUCGUGGAGAACGUUGAAGCAUUGGUGCAGUGUAUGAUAUCCGAACAUAAACCGGUUGUUUCGGACAUGCUGCCCAAAGAAAAAGCAGCCGAGCUUCCAAUGUUGCAGUCCGAGUUCAGAGAGGGAAAAGAGUAUCCUGCAAUUGUUCGUGUUGCACGCAUCGGUAACAACACCGCUGAAGCUGUUGCUGUAGAAUGCUGUGCUGGAACACAUGUACUGAACACCUCUUCAAUUGUCGACUUCACGAUACUGAGCGAUCGUUCGUUGGCAAAAGGCGUUCGAAGGAUUUUUGCGCUUACUGGAGAGAAAGCAAAACGAGCUCAUAGAUAUGGGUCAGAUAUUGUCGCGAGGCUAGAAUCAUUGAGUGAAAAUGAGAAUCCAGAGGAUAUUGCAUGGAUUGAGGGAAUUGACUGGGCGCAGAUGCCAGAUCAUGACCAUGGUGUUGCACGAAAGUUGAUUAAAGUUAUAAAGAAGAAACGGAAAGCAAAGAUUGCCAGUGAUCUAAAAGCGUCUUUAAUGUCUUUGAAAUCUGAUGAUGGCAAUGUGAAUGUGAAGGAGGAGUUGCAGACAGACGAAGCCCAUACUCGUGAGGAUACCAGUAGUGCUGCAGCGUGCAGUGCAAAUACGGAAAAUUGCUUGAUUUGCAAGAAAGAAUCUCAAGAAAGCGGUGAAGCAGUGAAGAAGGAGACAGCAGAUGCAGAAGAGCCAUCUUUCUUUGACCUAGUCAACUCGUUCUCGGCCGAUUGUGAUGCUUUCGCUGAAGCUGUAGAUGAUCUGGAAAAUAUA